AUGUUUAGAAUCACGUCACAAUUGAUUCUAUGUGGUGAAAAUAUUACAGAUAAGGAGAUGUUGGAAAAAACAUUCUCCACCUUUCACGCCUCAAACAUUGUCUUGCAACAACAAUAUCGUGAAAGGGGCUUCACCAAAUACAGUGACUUAAUAUCAUGUUUGCUUGUGGCUGAGCAAAAUAAUGAGCUACUAAUGAAAAACCAUGAAACUCGUCCGGUUGGUACAACCCCAUUCUCAGAAGUGAAUGUGGCAACAUAUAAUGACCAAAGUGGAAGUCACGUACGUGGUCGUGGCUAUCAACGUGGGCGUGGUCAUGGUCGUAGUCAUGGUCGUGGCCAUGGACGUGGUCGUGGACGUGCAUAUGGUCGGGGGAAUUAUCAUGGUGUUCAAUUCAAAAAUAGAAGAACCCACCAGAAGUUGUAUGAUAAUGAAAAGAAAUCCAAUGAUGAAAGAGGUAAAAAGAAAAGUGGAACAUCAUCUAAUGCAUGCUAUCGAUGUGGUGGUAACAACCACUGGGCUGGUACAUGUCGUACAGCCAGACACUUAGUAGAGCUUUACCAACAAUCUAUAAAAGACAAACAAAAAGGAAUAGAGACAAAUUUCACAUAUAAAGAUGGAAAUGUUGAUGUCCCAAGUGGUGAAAAGGACCAUACUAAUGCAACUAAUCUGGAUUAUGAUGAUUUCCUUAUCGAGCAAGCUAAUUUAGAUUCUGGUGAUAUCAUGGCUGAUACAAACCAGUUGGAUGCUUGCAAUUUUCCCUAUGCAUGA